AUGUCUUCCACCAGGCACCUCCCCACGGAGCGCAACCCCUUGAUGACCAAGGAUGUCCCUCCCUAUACCGACUUAGUCAGUCGCCGGCGGUUGGGACAGACUCAGCUAACGGCGCGGAUGGUCGCUGCUGCUCCUGGCAGCGAGGUCGAUCCCGCUGCGCUCGGCGCCUUCGAUUAUGCCCACCUCCGAGCUCCUCUGCCCAAGGGCAUCGUUUCGGGCAUCUUCAAGUCGAGCCCGAACAGCUACUUCCUCAUGCGCCGCAGCUACGACGGCUUCGUUUCCGCCACCGGCAUGUUCAAGGCGACAUUCCCGUAUGCCGCCGCUGAGGAGGAAGAGGCUGAACGCCGCUACAUCAAGUCUCUCCGCACUACUAGUCCGGAAGAGACGGCAGGCAACAUCUGGAUUCCCCCUGAGCAAGCUCUGGAGCUGGCGGAGGAAUAUCAAGUUACUCCGUGGAUCCGCGCACUGCUAGAUCCUGCCGAGAUUCCCAUCUCGACUGGGGGAAAUGAUAACAGCCCUCCGAAGCGCAUUUCUGCGCCGCCCAAGUUUUCCGCCGGACAUCCUGCGCUUGCGCCACCUACACCGACCUCGCUCCCUCGCAGCUCCCGUGCAAGACGCUCUGCUAGUCCCGCGAAGAGCAGCGCAAGCACGCGCAAGAUUGCCAGCCCGAGGAAGCGGACAGCAAAGGUGACGGCUGCUCAGGCUCACGCAGCCGAGACAGCUGGCAGCAGCGCAAAGGAAUCAGCGGCAUCAUCUGUCAACGGCGAGGUUGCCGGUGUCCCAACCCUCACCCCUGCCCCGUCUGAGUCUCUCAAGUCCGAGGACGUCACUGUGGAGGCUGUGGAGAAGGAGCCUGCUGUGGUUCUCGCGCCUGUUGAAGAGGAGCCCAAGGUCAAGAUCCAUGUGGAUCAGGACGUCAAGGUCGAGGAUGACGGCACCGAGGUUAAGCACACCAAGGUCGAGCUGGAGCUGCCUCUGACUGGCGACCUACCGAGCGCCGAGGACGCGGCACGCAUGGUAGAAGAAGCAAAGGAGAUGGUUCGUGCCGCUGCCGAAAGCGUGGCUGCUCAGUCCAGCGGGUCCGAGCCCACCAAGAAGGGCAAGAGAAAGGCCGACGAGAUCGAGGCCGGUGACGAAAACAAGGAGAACGGCGAGACCGCAGUGACCGAGCAGCCGAAGUCCAAGAAGGUGAAGACAGAAGUUGACCUGCGAAAGGAGAAGGUCAAGAAGCGGGCCUUGAUUGGUAUUAGUGCUACCCUGGCUGUCGGUGCUCUGAUUCCGUACGUUAUGGGCGUCCUAUAA